UGAUGUCGCUACCAUGUGUCAUCUUCCAACAAACAAAACCAGCAGCCGCGCCUUUACGAGUGACUGCAUAAAUAGGGGAGCCUAUGCGAAGUGUGGAAUCAACCUGCCGGGCAUUGUGCUUCCGUUUAGCAUCUAGAUCACUAAUUUAAGAAGAUGGAGUCGUACACUGUUGGAGCCAAAUUUGAUUGCUUGCUAUUUGACAUGGAUGACACUCUCUACCCACUGAGCUUAGGCAUCAACUUAGCAUGCCGCAAGAACAUACAAGAUUAUAUGCUGAACAAGCUGCAAAUUGAAGAGAGUCAGGUUCCCACGAUGUGCCUAGAUUUGUACAAGGAGUAUGGAACUACAAUGGCUGGCCUUAAGCUUUUGGGAUAUGAUUUCGACUACGACGACUUCCACGCUUGCGUCCACGGAACCCUGCCAUAUGAGAAGCUGAAGCCGGACCCGGUCCUGAGGCAACUGCUACUAUCUCUGCCACAGAGGAAGAUAAUUUUCACCAACUCUGACAAGGCCCAUGCGGCAAGAGUCCUGGAGAAGCUCGGGCUAGAGAACUGCUUCGAAGGCAUCAUCUGCUUCGAGACCCUAAACCCGUCGACCGAACAAGAUGCUGAUGGCCAGAAGAAUGCAGACGACGCUGACACUGACGGAGGCCGUAGAGCUGGUUCUGACGACUCAGCUCCUCCUAGCAGGGGAAUCCUGUGCAAGCCUUCUCUGGAGUCCAUGGAAGCUGUCAUAGAGAUCGCCAAGCUCGACCCCAAGAGAACGGUGUUCUUGGACGACAGUGCGCGCAACAUCGCCGCGGGGAAGGCGGCCGGCUUGCACACCGUAAUUGUGGGGAGCUCGGCGCUGGUGCCAGGGGCGGACGUGGCGCUGGAGAGCAUCCACAACCUCAAGGAGGCGCUGCCGGAGCUCUGGGAGGUCACCGCCGGCGAGCACGUCGAGGCUGUACUCCGGCCCACCGGCGUGGAGACCACGGUGCUUGCAUGAUGAAACCGUCCGGGCCAUGCAGUAUAUGCUACCCUGUGCUGUGCAGAUAUGUCUUGGGGCGUGGUGUGAAUGAAGCACCGUACGAAUAUGUAUCGAAUUAAUAAGGUUUUUGGACAUGAUUUUUUUUUUA